GAGUGUGCGGACUUCCUUGUUUCAAAUGAUUUAUUGAAAAAAAAAAAAACAAUAUUCAAUCAAAAAAAAGAAAUCAAAAUCAAAUUGAAAAUCAAAUUCAGCAGACAGCAGAGUUGUUUUCUUCUCUCCAGGAAGGCUGCAGCUAAAUCAAAGACAAACAAACAAACGGACAAAAACAAAAGCACAUAAAAUACACGCUUGCUUUUGCUCUUUGAAAAACGCACAAUGACCUUGCCCACAAACACACACGCAUCUGCAAACGACGCCGGCAGCGGCAACAACAACAACAACCAUAAUCACAACAACAACAACAACAGCAGCAGCGACGAAGAUUCAGACAUGUUUGGUCCACCCCGCUGCUCCCCGCCCAUCGGCUACCAUCACCAUCGAUCCCGAGUGCCCAUGAUCUCCCCGAAGCUGCGGCAGCGCGAGGAGCGCAAGCGAAUCCUCCAGCUCUGCGCCCACAAGCUGGAGAGGAUCAAGGACUCGGAGGCGAAUCUCCGGAGGAGCGUCUGCAUCAACAACACCUACUGCCGACUGACCGACGAGCUGCGACGCGAGAAACAGAUGCGUUACCUCCAGAAUCUGCCCAGAACCAGCGACAGCGGCACAACCACCGAACUGGCGCGUGAGAAUCUCUUCCAGCCGAACAUGGACGAUGCCAAGCCGGCCAGCAAUACAACAACUAGCAGCAGCAACAAGUCGUCCUCGUCCUCAUCCUCAGCCUACGGCGAUGCCUUUAGCUCCUCGAACGGCGGCGGAGGUCGCGGCGGUGGCCUGUGCUCCCUGGAGAACCAGCCGCCCGAGCGGCAGCAGCAGCAGCAGCAGCAGAUGGUGACGCCCGCCGGAGGGGCCUCCGCCCCCGAGGCGGCCAAUUCGGCGCCCCUUUCCGUUUCCGGUUCGGCAUCGGAGCGGGUGAACAACCGCAAACGGCACCUGUCCAGCAGCAAUUUGGUCAACGAUCUGGAGAUACUCGACAGGGAGCUGAGCGCCAUCAACGCGCCCAUGCUGCUGAUCGAUCCGGAGAUCACCCAGGGAGCCGAGCAGCUGGAGAAGGCCGCCCUGUCGGCCAGCAGGAAGCGAUUGAGGAGCAACAGCAGCAGCGAGGACGAGAGCGAUCGGCUGGUGCGCGAGGCUCUGUCCCAGUUUUAUAUACCGCCGCAGCGCCUGAUCUCGGCCAUCGAGGAGUGUCCCCUGGAUGUGGUUGGCCUGGGAAUGGGAAUGAAUGUGAAUGUGAAUGUGGGCGGAAUCAGUGGAAUCACUGGCAUCGGUGGAGGUGGAGCUGCAGGCGCUGGCGUCGAAGUUUCCGGAGGCAAACGGAUGAAGCUGAACGACCAUCAUCAUCUGAACCACCAUCAUCAUUUGCACCAUCAUCUGGAGCUGGUCGACUUCGAUAUGAACCAAAACCAAAAGGAUUUCGAGGUGAUCAUGGACGCGUUGAGGCUGGGAACGCCGACGCCGCCGAGCGGCGCCAGCAGCGAUUCCUGCGGACAGGCGGCCAUGAUGAGCGAAUCGGCCAGCGUUUUCCACAAUCUGGUGGUCACCUCGCUGGAGACAUGAAAGUACCAGUGAAUCCGCAACCGAAUCCGAAUCCCCGAGCAGCAGACAAAGAUUAAAGAGUUUAGAUUUUAUAUAAGACACUGGCAUAGAGUUUUUAAGGAAACAUUUAGGCUAUGACACGUACACGUACUAACCUAAGCUAAGCUAUUAUUAUAAAGAAGCGAAGAUCGGGCGGAUUGGCCAGUAUUACUCAUUAAUGGCAGUCGCGAUUUGUACAAACAAAAAUACACACAAAAAAUAGUAGUAGGCAAAGGAAAAAACAAAAGAAAACAAAACAAAAAUCAAAGAAUUUGUAGUCAAAACAGCAGAAAGAAACAAAAACAAAAACAAAAACCAGAACAAUCUAUAAGUUAAAUUUAAAGGAAGAAAACGAAAAUUAACUCCAUACUUGUAACGAAUCAACAAAAAUUCAGUUGUGGUUUCCAUUUCGGUUUCGUAGAGAGCUCCGUUUUAAAUGAGAAAACUAUGCAGAAAACUUCCAGUUAAACAAAAAAAAUUGCAUAAGCCAAGCACAUUCCACAAUGCUAUAUAAAUGAUAUACCCAACUUUCGUUCCUCCUGAAUUUUUGUUUUUUUUUUCUACACUAUCCAUUGGAUAUUUUAAAAUAUC